GUCAGAAAAGUCAGACGCAACAUAAACAAGUCCUCUCGCGAUUAAAUUUCUUUAUUUUUAAUUGGAGAAAAUUAAAGUUCUCUCAAGUUUUUACAAAAUGAAGCUUGUCUUUUUAGUGUUUGUUUCAAUCGCCGUAGCUACGAAAUUACCUCCAAAUUUUAAGAAAUGUAACCGAACUGAGCCCGAUUUGGAAAAAUGUGUUCUUGAAGCGGCUCGCGAUGGCUUGAAACAGUUAACCAGAACGUACAAAAAAAUACGACUUCCGAAUUUGGAACCACUGGAUGUUGUCGAGCUUUCGGCACGUGUUGAGACACGUUUGAUUCAUUUUAGUGAAACGUUGAGGAAUUGUAAAUUUUGGGGCCUAAGUCGGAGUGUUUUGGAAAAAUUUGAUGAAAUUUUUAGAUUCAAUUUGGACGAGAAAGUGAUCAAGUCGCAGUUUAUUGUCCCCGAAGUGAGAACGAAAUGUUCGUAUCAAAUAGAUGGCACGAUUAUGUCUGUGCCGAUUAGGGGGAAAGGCAACAGUUCGAUAAUUUUCAAACAUUUUAAUGUUACUUUGUAUGUUCCUUAUGAUGAAAUUACGAAACGAAAUAAGACUUAUGGCCACGUAACUAGUUGUGAAAUUGAUGGAAAACCCGAAUCGAUUCAUUUUCAGUUAGAUAAUCUUUUUAAUGGUGAUGAAGAAGCGGGAAAACGUGUCAAUCAACUGUUGAAUGAUAAUUGGAGUGAACUUUACGAUGAUAUCAAAGAUGAUUACUUGAAGAUGGGGAAGCAAAUGUUGAUACAAUUGUUGAAUGGUUUCUUCUCGAAGUUGUCACUAGAGGAGGCUUUUGUCUUCGGUAAAAACAUCUACCUGCGGCUUAUUAUUAUGAUUCCACAAGCGUCAAAUUUUCAAAAAUGUAACCGGAAACAAGCCGACUUGAAACAAUGCGUCAUCAAAGCCGCCCAAGACGCCAUCUACCAACUAACCCACCCUUACAACGAGGUGAAUAUUCCAAAUUUGAACCCUUUUGAGCUGAAAGGAGCCACCGUUGGGGGCGGGGGCGCUGUGGCGGUGGAGCAGCGGUUCACAGAUUGUAAACUGCAAGGGUUCAAUAAAAUGAAAUUGGACAAAUUUGAAUUUGAUUUCGACAAGAAGGUGUUAGACGUUGUUGGAACGUUUCCUGAAAUUGUGAAAAAGUGUACUUAUGAGGUGGACGGUCAGGUGUUGCUUUUGCCAGUGACUGGCAAAGGGCCUAGUGAGAUAAUUUUAACCAAAGUGGAUGUGACGUCUAAACUGUAUUUCGAAGAAAUUAAGAAGAGGAAUAAAACUUUUAUAAAAAUUGUCAGAAGUGAUAUUGAUAUGAAUCCAGGUCACGUGUCGUACAAAUUUGAUAAUUUGUUCAAUGGUGAUAAGGUCUUAGGUGAUAACAUUAAUCAGGUGCUUAAUGAUAACUGGAAGGAAGUCUUUGAGGAUGUGAAGAGUGGUUAUAUCGAAAUAAUCAAAACGAUUGUUACAAGUUUGUUGAAUAAUUUCUUCUCGAAAGUGUCAAUAGAGGAAGCUUUUGAUUAAUUUUUUUAUCUACCUGUAAUGUAGUUUUGUAUGUGGACUGAUAUGUGAGAGAAUAAAUAUUUUUAAUAGAACAA